AUCCUGACCCACAUGAAGAAAGCACGCUCGCAGGCUUGAUGGGACGCCAGCGAGCCAGACAGCCCGCACGGCCUUGCUGACUACAACUUCACAGCCAAGUGGUCGUUCAGCUCAGAGGGAAGGCCGUGCCAGCAGCUCAGGUGCAAAGCUGAACAUCAAGUCGGCUAUCACUACGCAGCAACGGAUCUCACCGCAAUUUACCACGACCAACAUCGCGAAGAAAAGAUGGCGCAGCAACAAGCAAGGCAGGCACUGAGGCGCCUGUCCCAGCAGUUUCAAGAGCAGGCCAGACAAGGCUACCAGCGUGGUGGUGGAAGCAGCUCAGGAGGCAGUGGCGGAGGAGGUCCCGGAAAUGGGCUUCGCAACGCCUUGGGCGGCGGGGCUGGCCUGUUCCUCCUUAUUGGUGGCGGUCUGGCGAUCAAUGCUAGCUUGUUCAAUGUCGACGGUGGUCAUCGCGCCAUCAAGUAUUCUCGCCUUUAUGGUGUCAAGCCAGACAUCUUUGGAGAAGGGACGCACUUGAUGAUUCCUUGGUUCGAAACGCCAAUCGACUACGACGUGCGAGCGAAGCCGAGAAGCAUCGCUAGUCUGACAGGCACAAAAGACUUGCAAAUGGUCAACAUCACCUGCCGUGUGCUUUCACGACCUAGCGUCAAUGAGCUGCCCAUCAUUUACCGAGAGCUGGGAAGCGACUAUGAUGAAAGAGUUCUCCCUUCAAUCGUGAAUGAGGUGCUCAAGUCUGUCGUUGCGCAAUUCAAUGCGUCUCAGCUCAUCACUCAGCGAGAGAUGGUGUCGAGAUUAGUAAGGGAGAACUUGACACAGAGGGCGAGACGAUUCAACAUUGUUCUCGAUGAUGUAUCUAUCACCCACGUCGCUUUUUCGCCGGAGUUCACCCACGCCGUCGAGGCCAAGCAAAUCGCACAACAAACCGCCUUGCGUGCUGCCUUCCUGGUCGACCAAGCCAUCCAGGAGAAGGCGUCGAUCAUUGUUAGGGCCCAGGGUGAAGCCAAGAGCGCUGAACUUGUUGGACAAGCAGCUCGCGGGGGCUUCUUGCAACUACGAAAGCUGGAAGCCGCGAGGGACAUCGCCGCUAUCCUCGCAAACAGCAGCAAUAGAAUCAUGCUGGACGCAGAUAGCCUGUUGCUCAACACCCAAGACAUGGACCCGGAUGCUGCCAGGAAGAAAAAGUAGGAACUCAUGCCAUACAAGUGCACGCCUUCGCAUUGUUGACGCCGCUGAUCAGCACGAGCGACGCGCAAUUCACACCAUUCAUCCG